AUUGAAUAUAUAAUAUGGUGGGUACUCUUUUCAGUGAAGACGUUUGAGCAAUUUAUUCGUUCGAAUUCGUUACUAAGAUGAAGACAUCAAGUGUUUGUGUUCUCGUGAUAUCGGCAUUAGUGGCCCAGGUUUCUUCUGAGGUUACUGAGCUCGAUCAAAUGGCACUCAAUUUGUUCCAUUCUUUGGUUGAUAUUGUUGAAAUACCGUAUAGAAAAAUUGAAAAUAUUGUAAAUCCAUCUGAAGCUGGUGUAAAAAAAGAACCAUUUUUAUAUGAUCUAGGAAUCAAACUUAAACGGAAGAAGGAAGAAAUUGAAAGGAAAUACGUAGAAUCACUAUCACCGGAUACUAGAGAAUUGCAAAAGCAGAGAAUAAGAGAAUAUAACGAUAUUUUGGAUAGAAUGGUUUAUUCAAUUGAAGGUUCUAGCAAAAAGGCCAGGAGUAUGGUGAAUGAAUUUUUCAACAAUCUACCAAAAAAUGUUCAAAGCAAAUUAAUUGGAUUGGGAGGAGACCUAAAUAAUAUUUUACAUAAAAUAAAGGAAAUGUCCAAAAAUGAUUCUCCAGCUGCAAAAAAUAAAUAACUCCUCUUCAAAAUUAUUUGUAAAAAUCAGCUGAUUAUGGCGUCAAUAUUAUAAAAUCAUUUUAUUACCCAUGACAAAUGAUUACUGAUUCAUAUUUAUAUCAUGGCUUUAUUUAUUUACCUACAUGUACUACACAUAACUAAUAGUUCGUUUUCUUGGGUAGAAAUCAAAAUUAAUGUGAUAAAAAUAAGUAAUAAAAAGCAGAUGAGCUUUUUGUAAAUAUUUCAAGCAAUAAUGUUUCAUAUUUAAAGCAAUACGCUUGAGAAUGAUUAGAAAAACUGAUAAUAAUUUUUCUUUUUAUACAUUUAAAUAAUUAUUUAUCAUCUGUAAUCUAUAUGUACUAAAAUAAACAACGUAUUAAAUAAAAAAUAAUUGAUUUAUUAAAUUUGUUUUUAUAUAUUUGCGUAAUACAGUAACACGCUAACACGGGGAUCUAGAGGAUAUGUAAUAAGGCAUUGAGGCUAAUGUAAACAAUAUAUUAAAUAAAUAAAUGAUUAACCAUUCAA